AUGUCUGACACCGCUGCGUCUGGCGCCUCGCUCCCCCCGCCUCCGGCCUCCGCUGGCGCGCCGGGCUACGACAAUGGCGCCCAGGGCAACCCCCAGGCCACGCAGGGCCACAUGCCGCCGCCGCCGCUUGCUCCCGUCAUAAUCCCUCAGAACACGAACCCCAUCCCCACGGCCAUCAGCUCGCCAAUGUCCGGCAGCGUCAUGUCGCCCACGUCCGCCGGCGGCUACGUUCGUCGCGCUGCCCCGGAGCCGAACAAGCGUGCCCUGUAUGUCGGUGGCCUGGACCCUCGCAUCACUGAGGAUGUCUUGCGCCAGAUCUUUGAGACUGCUGGUCACGUCGUGAGCGUUAAGAUCAUCCCGGACAAGAAUAAAUUUCAGUCCAAGGGCCUCAACUAUGGUUUUGUCGAGUACGACGACCCUGGCACAGCUGAGCGCGCCAUGCAGACCCUGAACGGCCGUCGCGUCCACCAAAGUGAAAUCCGCGUCAAUUGGGCCUACCAGUCGAACAACCAGCCCAAGGAGGACACGUCAAACCACUUCCACAUUUUCGUCGGCGACUUGUCGAACGAGGUCAACGACGAGGUGCUCCUCCAAGCCUUCUCCGCCUUUGGCGCUGUCUCUGAGGCCCGCGUCAUGUGGGACAUGAAGACGGGUCGCUCUCGUGGUUACGGUUUCGUCGCUUUCCGCGAGCGCCCCGAUGCUGAGAAGGCCCUGAGCUCCAUGGACGGCGAGUGGCUCGGCUCGCGUGCCAUCCGCUGCAACUGGGCAAACCAGAAGGGCCAGCCCUCGAUUUCCCAGCAGCAGGCUAUGGCUUCGAUGGGCAUGACGCCGACCACCCCCUACGGCCACCACCACUUCCCGACGCACGGCGUCCAGUCCUACGAGAUGGUCGUCAACCAGACGCCGCAGUGGCAGACCACAUGCUACGUCGGCAACCUGACUCCCUACACGACCCAGUCCGACCUUGUUCCUCUCUUCCAGAACUUCGGCUACGUUGUCGAGACUCGUUUCCAGAGCGACCGCGGUUUUGCUUUCAUCAAGAUGGACACGCACGAGAACGCGGCCAUGGCCAUCUGCCAGCUCAAUGGAUACAAUGUUAACGGACGUCCGUUGAAGUGCAGCUGGGGCAAGGACCGUCCCCCGACUGGCCAAUUCGAUGGCUAUUCCCCGGCGGGCGGCCCCAACUCUGCCUUCCCGCCCACGCCUAACGCCUACUUCCCGCAGUACGGUGGACCUGGUGGCCCCAUGGGCUCUCCUCAGGGUCCCAGCCCCGGUGCUCAGCCUUUCGCCCAGAACCAGGGUGGCUUCGGCGGUCCUGCCAUGGCUCAGCCUUACCAGCAGAUGCCGGGCAGUGCUGGAGGUUUCGGCCGUGGCAACGCCGGCGCUCAGCAGUGGGCCCAACCGACUCCCGGCGGCUUCGGUCAGGUCAACAACGGCUUCCAGGGAUACUCGGGCUAA